CAACAGUAUUGUGCUGGUCGUAGUGGAUUGAUUUAGUACUACCGGUAGUAGCAAGUUUUCGGGUCAGGUGUACUACGGCUACGGAUACCACAUUUUCUACUGCAGACGUAAACGUAGCAGUGUGAUCAGCGAUCCUGCCUAGCUCUUCUGUUUUUAUAUACAUAACAAAAAACACUUUCCGAAUUAAUAGAAAAUGGCCGAAGGAGGACCACCGGAUGAAUAUCUAAGAGAAGAUGAAGGUGCUGUAGGUGGGGCCGAGAGACAGCAAAGCCAAGAACAAGACGUGAUUGGCGCACAGGCUACACAACUACUAAUGGAGUUCAUCAUAGAGCGAUUCCAACGUGAUGGAAUAGAGAAUGCACCGACCAUGGAGGAGAUACAAGAUCCUGAUGUUCUUACUCCUAUGCAAGAAGAAAACUGGGGGCAGAUUGGAGCUACCCUACGGACAAUAGCAGAUGAAAUGGACAGAGACUAUGAGCUGCAGAGAAUGAUUGACAGGGUGCCUACUAAUUGUAGCGUUGAUGCAGUGAUUGCGGUUGCCAGGGUGAUAUUUGAUGAUGGCAUUGUAAACUGGGGUCGUGUGGUGGCGCUCUUUUAUUUUGCAUAUCGAAUGUGUGUCAAAGCCAUUAACUCUAUGAUGAGCCAGUAUCUACCAGGGUGGAUGACACGAUUAAUCAGGGAGAUUGUCAAGUUUUUGGUAGAAGUAUUUGCAGCCUGGAUCAUCAGUCGUGGUGGAUGGGGUGCCAUUAUUGAAUACCUUGGUUCACCAGCAUGGCAAUUCUACUCUCUGUGUGCAAUAUCCUUUACCUGUUUUGUAGCUGCAGUUGUUCGUAUGAACUGGCGUUGA